AUGCCAGCAACCGUUACUGUAUUAUGUUAUAUUACUAACCAUCGUAAAUCUUUUGCAAGUAAAAACCUCUCUAUUGUUGAAGCUUCGGGGGUUAUCAGAUCUCGAAGUUUAAAUACUUCUUUAAACAUUACUUUAAUUGGAUUUUAUCACGAUGAUACGAUUCAAGAAUUAUCUUUACCUGAAUUUAAAGAGGAAGACGUUGUACUUGCUACAGGAAAUUUUCGUAUCGUUGAAGGUGUAGAUAAUGAGGGCAAUAAAUAUCCAAUUUUAAGGAUUAUCUUAAAUGACAUUGUCUGUUUUAAUAACAUCGACCCUAAUGAUCUACCGGCAUUCCCGAUUUUAAUAAACAUGACCGCGAUAACUCAAGAAGAUCCAACGAUUGGCGAAGAAGAUGUAACUUUUAAAGUUUUAGUCAAAAAUUUUAUAGAUCAAGAUUAUGUCAACAUCGAAAUAAUAUGUUAUCAUCCUGUGUCUACUCGACAUUUAAUGAAUGUAACCGCUGUUAUCAGAAAACAUACCGUACUUUAUAUUAACGGAGAACUAAUAAUAACUGAUGAUUCUAAUAUAGUUUACAUAAAAAGCAUUUCGUUUCCAGAAUUUCAAAAAAUAACUCCAGUUUCAAGAGGUUUAAUUGAACUCCCAUGGGAAUCAAAAAAUCAAAAUGAUAAAACAACGCAGAGUACUGUCGCCCAAACAAUUGCCGGUAGAGUCAAAGGAAAUAUUCGAAAAAAACCUAUUUUAACUACCAAUCCAUAUCCUAAAACUAAACCUCGAUCAAUUCGUCCAAAAGUAGCUGAUUUGGCAAAUAAUCUUUUGAAUAAAAACUCAAAUAUAUCAAAUCAAACAACUGAAAACACUAACACUGUCGGUAAAUAA